AUGAGAAACAAGAACGGUAAGAGAGUCAGAGUCGAGCCACCUGCGAAGACGGUGGAGUCGGUGGUAGCUAAACGGAGAUCGUCACCGAGCAGUUCCACAUCAUCGCUUAGCUCGUGCCUGUCAACGACGGAGGAAAUGAAGGAGGAGGUUGCAUCGUCGUGGGUUGAAGAUGACGAAUCUUCGGUGUUGAUCGUGGCGGGAUGUAGAAGAUGUUAUAUGUAUGUUUUGGUCAUGCGAGAUCGUCAACGUUGCCCUAAGUGCAAAUGCACCGAUUUGCUCCAGAUUAAUUAG